UCGUGUUAUUGGCUCAUGUUUUAAAAUUCUUGUUUAAUUAGUUUUCCUGUGAAAUCAAUAGCUUUACCAUCAAUAAUAACCAUAGUCUUCGGAUUUAGUUUUGAUUUCGCAAUACUGAUAGUCACGUCAAAAUGAUGCGAGAUAUUUCUGAAGUCUUGGCGACAUUUAAAAAAGAAUCGCCAGUACCUUUAAUGAAAGUAAAGCAAAUUGAUUACAAGAAAAAAGACACGAAGGGAAUGCCAGAACGGUUCUUGUUCGAAUGUGCGAUCAAACUGAACAUGAAGCCAUUGACAUCUGCUAUGGCCGCAGUCCUGUUUCACAGAUUUUUCAGAGAAACCAAUGAGUCGGAAUAUGAUCCUUUUAUGAUCGCUUCGUCCUGUUUGUAUCUGGCCGGUAAAAUCAAAGAUGAUCCAGUAAAGAUACGCGAUGUUAUCAACGUAGCGCACAAUACCAUCAAUCGCGAAUCCCAACCACUGGAAUUAGGCGAUGAGUAUUGGUCUAUGAGGGACACUAUUGUACAGGCCGAAUUGUUUAUUACACGAAUGUUAAAGUUUGAACUAACAGCAGUUCAUCCCCACAAGUACAUGUUGCAUUACAUGAAGUCUCUGCAAGACUGGUUCGGUGUCAAAGAGUGGAAUUCGUUACCGGUUGCUAAAACAGCUGCUGCGUUUCUUCAGGACUUUCAUCACAGUGCAAAGAUAUUGGACCACAAGCCGGAACAUAUCGCGGUAUGCUGCUUAGCUCUAUCGUUCCAAACAUAUGGGGUUCAAGUACCACUGGCGGAAGAAGCUGACGAAAUGACUGCAUGGUACAAUGUAUUUUGUAAAGAUCUGACACGCGAAAAACACUGGGAGGUAAUUGAAGACAUUUUGGAAGUGUACAACACUGAAGCAGAAAUUGACGAGGACGAAGACUGAAUAUAUUACACAUUAAAUAAUGUUAACAUCCCUCCGCUAAAACUAUCUUUCUGGGAUUAAUUCUGACUUUUAAUUUGCGAUAAGUAAAAACAUGAAUACCUAAAUAAUUAAAAAGAAAAACAGAAUUUUAUCUCUAUGAACGUCUGUUAAACUGAUAGUAUUACUUUCGUCCGACAAUAGAGUUUACAUUAAUCAUUCUUAUUACGUAUCACAGUCAAUGCUAGAAGUUUGCAUGCGGCUGUCGAAAAAUCUCCCAAGAGUUCUAGGAAAUCAAACAACGUUUGCUUUGUUUGUAAGUGAUACAACAUGACGUGAUGAUGCUUGGAACCUGCUAAGCCAGCUUGCUCAAGCAAGCAAAGGGAAAAAAAUUCAAGUAUCUAGGAUUAAGAAAAACAAGCGCCAUAUAUUUUUCUGCAUUUGACUCACCCCUUUUCAUUUUAAGUUUGUUUUCAAAUAUUUUGUCACAAUACAAAUAAA